GUGGCGGGAGGAGGAGGAGCAGGGUUGCGGGGAGAGGAGACUCCAGGAGGGCCUGGCAACGGGGGAAUGAAGCCUCCGCCUUCUGGGGCAGAAGCCUUUAAAUACGGGCCCGGGCCUGGGACUCUGGGUGCAGUGAGAGGAGGUCUGGCGGAGCGGUGGCUGUGCGGCCCAGAGGGAGGAGCUGUCCGAGCCGUGGGGAUAGUAGCGGAAGCCGCGCUCUGUGCUUGGAAGCGGUACAAUCAUGUUUGAAAUUAAGAAGAUCUGUUGCAUUGGUGCGGGCUAUGUUGGAGGACCCACGUGUAGUGUCAUAGCUCAGAUGUGCCCUGAAAUCAGGGUAACGGUUGUUGAUGUCAAUGAAUCAAGAAUCAAUGCAUGGAACUCUCCUACACUUCCUAUUUACGAGCCAGGACUAAAAGAAGUGGUAGAAGCCUGUCGAGGAAAAAAUCUAUUUUUUUCUACCAAUAUUGAUGAUGCCAUUAAAGAAGCCGAUCUUGUAUUUAUUUCUGUGAAUACUCCAACAAAAACCUACGGAAUGGGGAAAGGCCGCGCAGCAGAUCUGAAGUAUAUCGAAGCUUGUGCUAGACGCAUUGUGCAAAACUCACAUGGGUACAAAAUUGUGACUGAGAAAAGCACAGUUCCUGUGAGGGCAGCUGAAAGUAUUCGUCAAAUAUUUGAUGCGAACACAAAACCCAACUUGAAUUUACAGGUUCUGUCCAACCCUGAGUUCUUGGCAGAAGGCACGGCCAUCAAGGACCUAAAGAACCCAGACAGAGUACUGAUCGGAGGGGAUGAAACCCCAGAGGGCCAGAGAGCUGUGCAGGCACUGUGCGCUGUGUAUGAGCACUGGGUUCCCAAGGGAAAGAUCCUCACCACUAACACUUGGUCUUCAGAACUUUCCAAACUGGCCGCAAAUGCUUUUCUUGCCCAGAGAAUCAGCAGCAUUAACUCCAUAAGCGCCCUCUGUGAAGCGACAGGAGCUGAUGUGGAAGAGGUGGCAACAGCCAUUGGAAUGGACCAGAGGAUUGGAAAUAAGUUUCUGAAAGCCAGUGUUGGUUUUGGUGGGAGCUGCUUUCAAAAAGAUGUUCUGAAUUUGGUUUAUCUCUGUGAGGCUCUGAAUCUGCCUGAAGUAGCUCAUUAUUGGCAACAGGUCAUAGAUAUAAAUGACUACCAGAGAAGGAGGUUUGCUUCCCGGAUUAUAGAUGGCCUGUUUAAUACAGUGACUGAUAAGAAGAUAGCUAUUUUGGGGUUUGCAUUCAAAAAGGACACUGGUGAUACGAGAGAAUCUUCUAGUAUAUAUAUUAGCAAAUAUUUGAUGGAUGAAGGUGCACACCUCCACAUAUAUGAUCCAAAAGUACCAAGGGAACAAAUAGUUGUGGAUCUGUCUCAUCCAGGAGUUUCAGAAGAUGACCAAGUGUCCCGACUUGUGACCAUUUCUAAGGAUCCAUAUGAAGCAUGUGAUGGCGCCCAUGCUGUUGUUAUUUGCACCGAGUGGGACAUGUUUAAGGAAUUAGAUUAUGAACGUAUUCACAAGAAAAUGCUGAAGCCAGCCUUUAUUUUUGAUGGACGACGUGUCCUGGAUGGGCUCCACAAUGAACUACAAACCAUUGGCUUCCAGAUUGAAACAAUUGGCAAAAAGGUGUCUUCAAAGAGAAUUCCAUAUGCUCCUUCUGGUGAAAUUCCAAAGUUUAGUCUUCAGGAUCCACCUAACAAGAAACCCAAAGUAUAAACAUUGCCAUUUUUAUUUGUAAUACUUUUGGUACACCAGGAUAGCAAAUAUCUAUCUGAUAUUUAAUGGUAAAUGAACCAAGUGUUUUUAAUGAAAAAAAAACUAUUUUUUUAAUCAAUUUAUAUGUUCUUUGGGAAUCAGCAUAUCUAGUAAUUAUGAAUCUAGAAUAUUUUUUACAUAUUUUUAUAAUACUGUUACCUCAGUGGUUGGAUGAGUGGCAAAUAAUCAUGUUGGUUUUAAUGGUGUCAAUUUUUUUAAAACAAAAAUUUAACUUCAAACACUUUUUAGUUUACAAAGCAUCCAUAGAUAAUACUUUAAUAUCACAUUGUAAAGGGAAAGGCAUUCAUCAGUUUUUCUGAUCAUUGGUUUGAUUACUUGUCAUUAAAUAUGUAUUUUAAAUCAUCAAGUUGCUUUGCUAAAUACUUUGCAAACCCUGUUAACCUUUCCAAAGGUGUCAUGGAAACUUAGAGGUUUCUGGCUUAACUGGGUGUUUUCCAGGCCGUCUGUCUCAAUGAAUGUAAGAGGUUGCAAUGGACAGAAUGGGGCCUCAUGUGCUUUUCUUUUUGUUAUGCUUCUAAUAUUAUUCCUAUGCUUCCAUGUUAGAAAAAAACCUUUUGUUUAAUGAACUGUGUCAUUGAUUUUUUUUUUAAUCCCAAAAAGGUCAUUACUACUCAUUUCCAGUCAAUCCAAAUAAGAUUAAAAGGCGAAUUUUUUUUUUUUUUUUUUU